AUGAGUGCUUUUGUCGAUGAGACAUCCAUCACUUAUGCACCCAAAUAUCUUGGACCGCCGUUACUGGAUGGAGGAGCCGCGAUCAAGAUUACGGAUGAAGAUCGAGUGAUGCCAUCGGGACGGAGAAUCGUUCAUGUCGACUAUCCGACAAUUACCACAAUCACUGAAGAUGGAGAAUUUUUGUUAUUAGGCUACCACGAGCCGCCAAGUACCGAUCUCUCGUUGGGUCUCUUUCAAACAAAAUUCCCCUCAACGCCGACAAUGCCAUCGAUCGAUUAUGUGCCGAUAAAUUCACAAAAACAAAUCGACAAUGAAAAUCAUAAGUCAACGAAUUCUGGAGUACAUUCUUUAAAUGAUGAAUCGUUGGCGAUUAUGUUAUUCCAUAUUUAUGAGAAAUAUCCGAAUUCAUUCUAUUUAUCGGUGAUUACAAUCAUCUUUCUGAUCAUCACAACUGUUUGGUUGUGCGGACGACAGUCAGCCGUGGCAAUGAUACAACAAAACGAGGCGAGAAGUGCACAGACAUCAAGAAAUUCAAACAAUCCACGCGGAUGGUUUAAUGCAAAAAGUGAUGAUGUGCCGAAUGGCUGGUUUGCCGUGGGAAAAGUUCACUAUAAUCCACAACAAAUUUUGGGUCGAGGCUGUGAAGGGACCGUUGUUUACAAGGGUAAAUUCGACAGUCGAGAUGUGGCCGUGAAAAGGGUUGUCUCGGAAUUCAUUCGAUCAGUUGACAGAGAAGUCGAUCAUUUAAGAGAAAGUGACACUCAUCCACAUGUCAUCCGAUACUUUUGCAAGGAAUCAGACAGUCAAUUUUGGUAUCUUGCUCUUGAAUUGUGCAUCGCAUCUCUCAAUGAUUACGUUGAACAAAAAGCCGUCAGACAACAGAUUGAUGUACCUGUAAAGGAGUUAUUGAGACAAGCAAGUGAUGGUCUUGCCCAUCUCCAUUCGAUCAACAUUGUUCACCGCGAUAUGAAACCACAAAACGUGCUUUUAUCUGUGGCAAAUUCAAAGGGACAGGUUCGAGCUGUGAUCUCAGAUUUUGGUUUAUGCAAAAGGGUGAGACCUGGAAGGAAUAGUCUGUCGCAAAGAAGUGGAAUGGCUGGAACGGAUGGAUGGAUUGCACCCGAAGCUCUAUUUGAGAAGAGUACGUCCUAUCCAGUAGAUGUCUUCUCACUUGGUUGCAUCUUUUAUUAUGUUCUUUCUGGUGGUUCACAUCCAUUUGGAGAUGCGUUUCAACGACAAAUGAAUAUCAUGAAUGGAAAAGCAAUCUUUAAACAUUUAGAAGAAGAUAAAAGCAAUCACGAGGCGAUUUCUCUUAUCUCUCAAAUGAUUCAUUUGGAUGCUUCAUCUCGUCCUUCAGCUCAAUCGGUUCUUCUUCAUCCAAUGUUUUGGUCUUCCGAUAAGAAAUUACAAUUCUUUGGGGAUGUUUCGGAUCGAGUCGAAAAAGAAGAAGAUCAAGCUCCAGUCGUGCAAAGAUUGGAAACAAAUGCGAAAGCAGUUGUAGGAGGAAAUUGGCGAAAUCAUAUUUGUUCGGCGCUUGCUGAAGAUUUACGUAAAUUUCGCACCUACAAGGGUCACUCGGUGAGGGAUUUGCUCAGAGCGAUGCGAAAUAAAAAACACCAUUACAGAGAACUUCCAAAAGAGGUUCGUGAUUCACUAGGCGACAUUCCUGAGCAUUUUGUGCAGUAUUUUACCUCAAGAUAUCCAUUGCUACUUCUCCAUUCAUACGAUGCACUCAAAUGGUGUUCACAAGAACCGGUAUUCUGGAGUUAUUAUUCGGAUCAUACACGAGAAACAAUGGCUCCAGAAAUCAAAAGAGUUGAAGAAGAAAGGAGGCAAGAAAAAGAAGAAAGGGAUACAGCUGAGGUUUGGCGACGUGGAAUGGCUGUGAAAAAGAUUGAGACAACAAUGAUGACAUUAGUAAAUCAACCAACAACAAUAAAUAAUGAUCAAAGUAUGAAUGAAAGAAUGUUUGAUGAGGAAGAGAUAUCACUGACAACAAUGACAACGACAAAGCCAACGACAAGUCAAGUGAUUGAACCACCGCCUGGCUUUGAAGAUGUUGUACCAACAGAAAUUAAGGAAGAGGAUCAUUUGCAUGAAUUGAUUCUUCAACAAGUUUCUCUAGAGGAAACGGUUACAAAUGAAUCACAAAUGAUUGACGAUUUUCAGUUCGGAAAAGCACGAAAGAAAAAGAAGCAAAGGAAA